AUGGCCAUGAACCACACGUUUCCCAAUCGAGGAAGUAGCAUUCCGUAUACUUUCAAUCCGGGGAGCAAUGCGACAAUCGACAUAGGCAGCGUACCUGAAGUGGGUAGUACCACGAAGGAUAGGUUGGUCGUCGGUGUAGACUUUGGAACCACCUACAGCGGUGUGGCUGCCGUUUACAGUGCGACCCCUGACGACAUUGACAUCAUCAAGACGUGGCCUGGCGGGAACGGUAUCACGUCCGACAAAGUCCCCACCGAAAUCGGUUACAGCGAACCAUCCCCCCGUAACGGCUCGGUCUCCUCGCUCGAUGCGCCCGCCAAACCUACGCAGAACAUAAAAUGGGGGUUCCAGUUCAAGCCCGAGGAGACGCGUCUCCGGUGUAUAAAGCUGUUCCUCGACAGGAAUCAGAAGCUACCGCAUUUCGUAUCGCCGCUUGAAACCGCCGCGCAAUUGCGCAAGUUCGAAAAGACGGUCAUGGAAGCGGUCUCGGACUAUCUGUCGCAGAUAUACAAACAUACAAUGGAGACCUUGACAAAGAGAUACGGAGAGACAUUCAUCAGCUUGACCAAGGUUGAGUUUGUCUUGACAGUACCUGCUGUGUGGUCAGACUCUGCAAAGGAUGCGACGUUGAAGGCUGCGGAGAAAGCUGGUAUGGGCAACAGGCACGAGCUGAAGCUUAUAUCAGAACCGGAGGCUGCGGCGGUAUAUACUCUAAAGGCGAUACAACCGAAUCAUCUGAAGAUCGGCGACAACUUCGUCGUUUGCGAUGCUGGUGGUGGCACCGUUGACUUGAUAGCCUACAAGAUCACCCAGCUGCAUCCUCUUCGCGUCGAGGAAUCAGCAGUUGGGACUGGCGGCCUUUGCGGGUCGACGUUCAUCAACUAUCGUUUCGAAGAACAUGUCAAGCAGCGUAUUGGUGCAGAACGCUAUAACUGA